UGUAUUGAGAUGGCAGUGGAAAAUCAGUCGUUUCCGCACGGCGAAGGACGUCGGACAGGGUUUUGGUGCUCCGUUGUUUUCACGAUGGCGUUUAAAAUGAAACUGUUACAAUUAAUGACGUGGAUUGCGUUGACGUGCUGGACACCAGCAACCGUUGCUAUCAACAUCCCCGGCUACUGCGAUCACCACACGACAACCACCAGCCAGUACGAGGAAUACUUCAACAUCGACGAGAUGGGCAACAAUCGGACCGACAAAACCAUUGUCGACUUCAUUCUGUACGUACAGCUGUCCAACAUGCAGGAAGAAAUCGCCCUACUCCUGUCGACCAGUAACCGUUCGAUGCUGCAUCCCGAUUACGAGAAAACGUACGAGAUCCGAAUCAGCAACGUGUACACCGUAAUCUACAAGGAAACGCUGCGUAUGUCAGCCCACCAUAGCCACUCGUUUAACUUCUUCCCGGCGGAACAUUUUCAGUUGCACAUAAAAAUAACACGUAAGGGACUCAUAACCGUUCAAAUCGAUGGACUGGCAAAGCCGAUUCUUUCCGUGGUGGAUGAAACGCCGGCUAUUGACGUGCACUACAUAAGUUUCGGUUCGCGAAUGAACGCCUAUCCGAUCACUUGGUAUUUCUAUUGCCGUGAUCCUCCGACUACGCCGUUGCCACCGACGCUGAAACCGGGCGAGGAUGAAGGUGAGGGACACUUCAGUCAGGAUGACGCCGUUGAGUUGGAUGAGAACAAGUGUCCCGUUUGUCCUAAGCCGGCCAAGUGCGAGGUAGUGGUACGGGCCUGUUCCGAUACUUCCCAGGAUGUGCUACAGAUGAGUGAUGCCGAGAAGCAGAAGUACUUUUUCUAUUUCAAUGUGUAUUUGAGCAAGAACGGGAAGAAUGGGAAGGCUAUUGCUGCGGACCUUGGAAAUGUUGUUAACAAUAAUAUUGACUAGAUGGAUUCGAAUCCUUUUGGACAGUUUCUACAUAUCGAAACGGGAAAUGGAUCGCAUAUCGAUUAACCAGUACUUUUUCUUCCAAUUCUACGCGAUGUAACUUUACGCAUAUCUGGUUGAUAUCUUAGGAUUAUAGUACGAGCUAGUAAUAGGCUAGGGUUACCAAAUGGACUUCGAGUAAAUUAAGAACAGGAAGGAAUCUCGGACCGAGACAAGUUAGAAUGAUGUAGCACCAAUGUCCACUAAAAAUUUGAAGAUUUUAGUUGCAAUGAGUCGUGAAAGGUAUGGAAGUUUCCCAACCACUUUAUUGACAAAUAAAAACGCUGGAAGGGAAGGGAGACGAUUGAAAUUAAAUUCUCUCAAAAUACACUUGAUGUGUAAGAUGUGCAAAUAUGAUAAGGUUUGUGACUAAAAUGAAGGACAUUUGGAGUAAAAUAGAGAACCCUUUCUAACAAGGUCGAAAUUAGGGGCAAGUUAUUUAAAACGAUCAGUGGUUGGUAACCCUAAGUAAUAGAUCUAAGCAAAAGAAUUGCACAAUGUUUAUAAUCACACGAAGUGAUGGUAUUUAUUCUUAAAACUGAGAGGCCAGCGUUGAACAUUAAAUAUUUGUUUCGGAGCUACUUCUCAGUUUGAGAUUUUUUUUACUUCUUUUAACCAAUUGUUAGCUCUAGCUCAAACAGAAUUUACUAUUGAAAUUUUCAAAUUUAUCACCUUCUUCUACAUGUUUGUCUAGUCACAUAGUUAUCAUGUUCUAUAUUUACAUUUAAAAAAAACUACUACUUGUGAUUCCAACAAAAUACAAAAAUGACAAUAAUGAGUAGCUGCAAAAAAAACUUUG